AUGGCACAAUAUGAUGCUUCUGGAACAUACAGCAGGAGAGGAUCUCUCCGUAUAGAUUCUUUGAGUGCCCCAACGGACGAUGAGUUGAGCAAUGCAUCCCCAAGCUCCACAACUGCGACCAACUCUCCCAGCUCGGCUUUUCACUCCAAUGCCGCAGGUCAUCCAAUUUCAGUCAAGUUAGAAGAAGACAAAGAGCCAUCUUCUGGCCCUCAUAGGCAGCGAUCAACGUCGAUCUCAAGGACCAAAGGCGAAAAAGAAAAGCGAAAAAGAUCGCGUGUGACUCCAGAGCAGCUAGUACGUCUGGAACGAUACUUUGCUAUGGAUCGGAGCCCCACUGCCGCAAAACGAAGGGAGAUUAGCGAGGCCUUAGGGAUGCAGGAACGUCAGACCCAAAUAUGGUUUCAGAAUCGGAGGGCAAAGGCCAAGCUGCAAGAUGGAAAAGACGGACGCGUGGAUGGUAUGGAAAUUGCCCCAGAAUUAGCGCCUGAGCUCGGCUCGAAGUAUGAAGUUGAUCUUCGCGAUCUUAUUCAUGAAGAUGAACCCGUCACUAUCAUCCCAUGCACAGAUCUAGCUGUAGGAAACUGGCGUCGCAUUGCCUCUGCCUCCAGUAAACACGAUCUAGUGGCAUAUGUAUCAGAGACGAAACGGUGUUUGACGUGGUUCAUUCAUUCAGAUGGCUAUGGAUUUAAGAUGGAAAUACCGUUCGAAACAGUCAUUGACACCCAGUUCCAGUCUGCUUCCCCGGGCCUAGCUCUCGCCGUUUUUGUGCUGUCUCAGCCCCCACUCUUUUAUCUAGAAAAUGCCUCCGCACCGCGACCUGAUGGAACCGUGGCUCGUACAUGGAAACGUUCUGCAGACUGGACAGAAGGUCACCAGGCGACUCAGGUUCUCCGCCAUUCUUUGAUGGGGUCGGCUGUCCCAUUAUCCCACCUUGUGCGCAGUUUGCCAGCGAACAAUAACCCCUCAAAACCUCCAUUGCCAGCAUACCGCUCGUCGGAGCCAUCAGCAUCUCGUCCCAUGGAAAUACCAGCGCCACCGCUGGCGAGUUUGAAUAAUCCAACAUUCUCUUAUACAGCGCCGGGGAUGGGAAAGAGUUCCGACUUCCUUCAUCUUGACCAGAUGCAAAAGCGACUCUCAUACGGUACGUUAGAACAUCGGCAUAUGCCUGAACUCGAUCUGCGAGCGACACCGCAUAGUGCACCUACUUUGAGCUUUGCGAAGCAGCAGCCUCCAUAUUUACCGCCCGUGAAUCGGCCGACAGCAACCGGAUUCCAACAACCUUCCCCAGUCUUCAACGACUACCAGAUAAAUUCCCAUCAAAAUGCUGUGAUGUCUGGUUACCCCGCGGCUCAGGCGGUUUCUCGCCCAUACUCGGUACAACCGCAGCGAUUCUACGACAAUAGUGGUCCCCGUGCCCUACAGAAUUUCCAUUCAGAUUCCGAUUCGCCCAUGCUGUUUGACCCUCAGUCCCCGCGCCUAUUAAAUUCACCGUAUCACCCGGCCAAUGUCGAUAAUCGCUCUACAAGUACUCGACCACCUUCGUCUCACUCACAAACAGGACACUCUCAAGCGCCUUCAGACCGAGCUAUCGUAUACGAAAUUGACGAAGAUUUACGUGGUAGAAGACCACAAUAA